AUGCGGACGGCCCUGGGGCUGGGUCUGCGCUCUUGCUCACCCCGGGCCUGCCGCAAAGCCUGGGUGAGCUCGGAUCCCCGCGUCAAGCCUGCAGGACAGAAGUGUGGGAUCCGUGCAGUUGAUAUGAAAAGUACAGAAACUGUCUUGGAAACUGGGUUCUUCCCUAGAGUUACUGGUUGGAGAAAUUCAACAGUCGGCGGACAUCCGUGGUGGGUCUCCCUAAAAUCAGGUGAGCAUCACUUCUAUGGAGGAAGCUUGAUCCAGGAGGAUCUGGUUGUUACCACAGCACACUGCCUGGUUGGCCUCAAUGAGUAAGCUAAGCAAAUAAAGAGUCUGACUGUGACUGCUGGGCAACACAGCCUCUCCCAGAAGGGUGUACACGAACAGAAGAGUCCUGUCUCAAAAAUUAUUAUCCAUCCUGAGUACCACAGACAUGGACAUAUGAGUUCUGAUAUUGCACUGCUCUACCUAGAACACAAAGUUGAGUUUGGAACUGCUGUUCAGCCAAUCUGUCCUCCCCAUAGAGAUGAGAAAUCUGAAGCAGGGAUUCUUUGCAUGACCAGUGGAUGGUGCAAGAUCUCAGAGACAUCAGAAUAUUCAAACGUCCUAUGAGAAGUAGAACUUCCCCUCAUGGAUGACAGAAUGUGUAAUAGUGUGCUCAAGCAUAUGAACUUUCCUCUUCUGGGAAGGACAAUGAUGUGUGCCAGGUGUCCAGAUGGGAAAAAGGAUGCCUGCCAGGGAGACUCUGGAGGUCCAUUUGUUUGUAGAAGAGACAGUGGAAUCUGAGUCCUUAUUGGGAUAAGUUCUUGGAGAGCUGGUUGGACUAGAGAUUGGACUUCUUUAAGAAAAAACCAUAAAAGGGCAUCGCUGGGCAUUUUCUCCAAGGUGUUUGAGUUGAUGGAUUUUGUCACUCAGAACAUAUUCACAGCUUGUAGAUCUCAAGGAACCGUGUUAUUUGGAGAAAAUGGCAAGAUUCGUUACCCCCAUUCCAAAGAGAGAAGCUUUUCUCGUAAUUGCUUAUGUGUGUGGAGAAUAACCGUACCAGAAAAUAAAAUUAUCCUGGUAAAAUUUACAAGCUUAGACAUACAAAAUCAAAUUGGAUGUGACCAUGACUAUAUAUCUUUACAAUCGAGCAAUGGAGUGCUUAUUAGUAAGGUCUGUGGAGGUCUUUUGCCUCCAUCCUUGCUGACAGAGACCAAUGAGGCCACAGUUACAUUUGUUUCUAGGACAGGAAACAAUGGCAGCAGGUUUGAGCUGACCUUUACUGCCAUACAGAAGAACUCAGGAGCAGGCUCAGGCUGGGGGAGUGUGGCUACACUGGUGGAAGGAAGGACAGUUCACUCUGCCGAUUAUCCUGACUUGUAUCCCACACGUGUAAGGUGUCAUUGCUUCAUUCAUGCUCCAGAGAAACACAUUGUACAAUUGGAAUUUGAGGACUUUAUCACUGAAUUUAGCCAAAACUGUGUUUAUGAUGUGGUUGUGACUUACGGUGAUCCUGAAGAGGAGCACGAGUUAGCUAAAUUUUGUGGAAUCUUGAACUUUACUCCAAUAUUCAGUCCUAAUAACAUAUUGGUGAUUCACUUUAAAAGUGAUGGUGAAAAUACCUUCCAGGGUUUCAAGGUUACAUUUACCUUUUUGCUCUCAGGCAUCUGUGGCAUCCCUCCAUUUAGUCUCCAGUGGCUUUCGAGAAGAAUUGUAGAGGGGGACGAAGCCUGCCCCCACUGCUGGCCAUGGCAGGUGGGCGUGAGGUUCCUAGGCAGUCACCAGUGUGGAGAGCCCAUCCUCAGCCCUAUUUGGAUUCUGACCGUAGCCCACUGUGUGCAAUCAUGAGUGAAACUGAUGAUGAAAAAUAAUCCUCUCUUCUGGACCAUUGUCACUGGACACCGUGACAGAACCCUGAAGGAACCAGUUGAGCAGGUGAGAAGGGCAAAACACAUCCUGGUAUGAGAAGCCUUUGAUAGACAGAAUCAUGACUCUGACGUUGCCCUGAUAGAGCUGAGCUCUCCUCUGGAGUUCAACUCCAUCGUGAGGCCUGUGUGUCUCCCACAAAGCAUGGAGCCGCUCUUUCCCUCGAAGACCUGUGCUGUGACUGGAUGGGGGAGACUUAGUGAAGACAGAGGCCUAGCAAGGAGCUUCCAACAGAUCCAGGUGCUUGUGUUGGAAAGAGAGUUCUGGGAACGUGCUCACUCCUCUCACCCAGGAGGGCUCACGGAGAAGAUGACGUGUGCUGACUUAGCAGCCUCUGGAGGGAGAGACUUCUGUCAGGGAGACUCUGGUGACCCAUUAGUAUGUAGACAUGAAAAAGAUCUCUUUGUCCUAUAUGGCAUUGCCAGCUGGGGGGCUGGCUGUGCCCAGCCAGGAAAGCCAGGUGUAUUUGCCAGGGUGAGUGUCAUCUUGGACUGGAUCCAAUCCAAAAUCAAAGGUCCUGUUUCACUUCAGAUAAGUAAGGAAAGCAAAACAUUACCAAGACGACAGUUGCCACCACCCACACCUUCAACAGACGAUGCAUCUGGACCAGGUUGUUACUCUGAGGUGGAACUAGAAGAGCCCAGAGGCUUUUUUGCAGCUCCAGGAUAUCCACUGGAUUAUAGAGGAGAACUAGAAUGUUCUUGGGUGCUCAGGGUGUCCCCGAGCAGUAUGGCAAAAUUGACAGUUAAGUACCUGUCGCUGCCUUGUUCUCCUGUGUGUCCAGAUUCAGUUAUGACUGUUUAUGAAGAAAACCAUGAUGAGAGAAGGGUGUCUGGUCCAAAGGGCAGUAAAGCUACCAAAUUUCUCCAGAGUUCAAAGCAAGAACGUACAGCCACUUGGGAGGAUGUUAUUCUGACUAAACCAGGAGGAAUCAUACAGAUCCCAGGAUGCUCUCACAGAACCACUGUGAGUUGCCACUGGAAGUUAUUAGCCCCUUUACAUCAUGUUGUUUGCCUUGAUAUUAUCAACUUCCAGAUGAAGCUGACACCCUUGGCCUGUCAGGGUCAUAUGUGGGUUUAUGAAGGAUUGGGCAAAAAAUUUAUAGAUCCUUUCCUGUAG